CGCCGUCCACCUUCUCCCCCAACUCAUCACCCCUCUUUCCCUUCUCUUGUUCUUUCUUCUCUUCAUUCCGUUUCUUUGAUUUGUCCUGGCUCCGGAGUCGUGUCCUCGUCUCUUUUUAUUUUCUGUAACCCCGUUUCUAUUGGGUGCUGGCGUUGAGAUUCCCGUGUCGCUUUCCCCGUUCACACCACACUAGCCUUGCCGCGACCAUGUCCUCUAGUCGCCAACAGAUCGACUCCGUCAUCGACGAUGACGAUGAGUUCUGCCCCCUUUGCAUCGAAGAGUUCGAUCUUUCGGACAAGAACUUCAAGCCUUGUCCCUGUGGAUAUCAGAUCUGCCAAUUCUGUUACAAUAAUAUCAAAACCCACAGCGAAGAGGGCCGAUGCCCAAACUGUCGCCGCCCUUACGAUGACAGCACCAUUCAAUACAAGAUACCAGAUGCGGAGGAAUUCAAGGCCGACUUGGCACUCAAGCAUAGAAAGGCUGCCGCAGCCAAGAAGAAGGAAGCCGAAAAACGUGAAAUCGAAGCCUCCAGUCGGAAGAACUUGGCCGGUGUCCGUGUCGUCCAAAAGAACCUGGUCUACGUCAUUGGCCUAAAUCCGACAAUUCGCGACGAGAACCAGCUGCUACAGACUCUCCGCGGGCGGGACUACUUUGGUCAAUAUGGUGAUAUUGAGAAGAUUGUGGUUAGCAAGGCUAAACCUGGCGGCAACCCUCACCAGGGCAUCGGUGUCUACGUCACCUUUUCACGGAAGAUUGAUGCUGCGACUUGCAUCGCUGCGGUGGAUGGUUCUGCAAACGGUGACCGUGUUUUAAGAGCUCAAUAUGGGACAACCAAAUAUUGUUCCUCGUUCCUCCGCAACGAGCAGUGCAAUAAUCGCAACUGCACUUUCCUGCACGAAACGGGAGAAGACAGUGAAAGCUACAGUCGUUCUGAUCUUUCGUCCAUGAACACUUUGUCUAGUCAGCGACCAAGCCACCCUCCGCAACCUCAACACCCUCCCCAUGUUCGCCCAGUCCAGCCCAUCACGCACACCAUGCGCCGACAACCCAGCAAAGAUGAUUCGAUCAGUGGGCGAUCGGGUGCUCCGGACGGGCCUGCGCUCCCCUCAUCUGCUAGCUGGGCAAACAAAGACGCCACCAUUCGGACCAGACGAGCUAGUCUGACCGGUAGUCAGGCAUCACAAAGCCCGCGGCCUGCGAGUGUCACUGUUGCCACACCCGUUGAGGAGCCCAAGCGGGUUGAGAAGCCAUCUCCUGUUACCCAGGAUGCGCAGCGGACAUCUCAACCUGUUUCAAGAUCUCCGACAGUUCAACCCGCUCAGCCGCCAUCCCCCGAGCCGCCAGCGUCAACACCUUUCGAUAACCUCGUUAAGGACAUAAUGAACCCUAACUUCAAGUUCAUUUUCUCUACUGCCGAUCUGCCAGAUGAGGAGGUUAAGGCCAUCCAGUCAUACCCAUCGUUCAUCGACCCCUAUGGUGGUGUCAAGCGGCGGGCGAUGCGUGAGAAGGCUGAGCAGGAACGUCUCAAGCGGGAACAAGAGUUGCUCCAGUCUGCUGUCGUCGAGGAGGAAAGCCGUGAGGCAGGUAGCCUGCAGCUUGGCGGGGAACCGGAGGAGUCUAACCCCCCACGAGGCCCUCAACAGUCUCGUGAAUCCCAUGGCGCUAUUCAGCCACCUUCUCAGCAAGGUACUGCGGACAAUUCAACUGUUGGCUCGCCAGUAUCUGCGGCCAGUCAUCAAUUCCAAGGGUUGAACUUGGCAGGCCGAAGCUUGACACCCUUGCAGCAGCAGCAACUGAUGCUGCUUAAGUCAGCUGGCAACCAACAAGCGGGUAUUGCCGACCAUUUGAGCUCCGCUGCCUUGGACCAAGCCACCCAGCUACGCCAAGGCCUGUUGCAUAAUCAGAUGGCCCAAUUCAAUGCGCUACAGGGCCAAAGCCGCCAAUCGUCGCGGUUCACCUUCGCAAAUGAUGUUGGCUCCAAGAACAUCAGCAAUGCACGCAUGCUGAGCCAGAUGCAGGCCGGGACUCCUAAUCCUCUAUCCGCUCCUAGCCCCCAGCAUGCUCUCGCAGGUGGAUUCUAUGCUAGUGGUGUCCAAGGUCCUCCUCCCGGAUUAAAGACGGCUGGAACCCCUCCGAUCAGCGGCGGCGGUAUGUUUGCACAAGGCCAUGGCUUUACAGCCAACGCCAAUAUUGGACUGGGCUCCAACAUGGGAAAACACGAUGCGACACCGGAGUUGAUGCGUGAAUUACUUCGUGGCCGAGGCGGCGCGAAUAUCGGUGGUGUACAGGGCCAGGAGGCCGCAAAGCUAGAUCUUGCGGACCCGAGCAUUUUGCAGGCGAGGAUGCAUCAGGUCGGUGCCAAUGCUACUGCUGGGCAGGCGUUGUACGGGAGCCAGGGUCAAGUGAACGAAGACUUUCCUCCACUAGGUGGCCUACUGAAAGAUAGUCACCCGGUUGAUACUUUCGGCUUCCUCAAGUCCCAGCUUCCCAGCGAUUCUGCCGGGCGUGUUGGCACACCCUCUCUGCCUCCUGGGCUCCCAUUGCCGCAAUCCCAUCCGGCAUCAGCCGUUUUUCAAGACCAAUUGAGCUUGUCGAAGCCAUCAUCCCCCGCGCCCACUCUGCCUCCCGGCUUGAAUAUGGAUAUCUCUCGUGGCGGGAACCCGUCUGAAAACAAUUCGGCGGCUGAACCUUCGUCCCUGUCACCCGAGUUUCCUUCGCGUACGGCCACCACAUCUGCUCGAUCUAAAGACGUAUCCCAAAUCUCUUUGGGCUCUCCAGUGGCGAAAUCCGCACACAAGGCGCGAAUGACGAAGCUCGACUUGUCGACACUAGAUUCUCCCACUAACGCUGAUCAAAGUCCUCUCAUCGGCACUAAAGGUAGUCCGAUUCCUCUUUCUAUGCAUUUGGGUGUCCAAGAAAGCGCAUCCAGCAAAUCUGACCGAGUUUCGUUGGGGACUUUGGUAUCUGGGCCAGGAUCUGUAGCUGCAAUCGGAUCGCGUCCAAACACCCCAUUGACCACUGUCUCGCGAGUCUCGGACUCAUCCAUUCUUCGUCAACCGCGCAUUUUGCGAGUGGUAGACACUCCGAAGACCGAAAUUCCUCCUCCAAUUACAAAUGCACCGUCGGCACCCGUUUCUACCGCGAAAUCUGGCAAGACGCAAUCCCGCAGACAGAGCGUUUCAUCUAGCAGCAGGCCAGAUACACCUGGAGAUUUUGGUUCGGAAGCCGAUCUUUUCCCGUCGGCCUCCGUCUCUCGUGCUAGCUCUCCGCCGGCUACCACGCGCAUUGGUUCCGCCCCUGUUCGCUCGAUCACAAAAAGUCAACUCAAAAAGGAGAGACGACAGAAGGCAAAGGAAGCUGAGGCCAAGCAAGCGGAGGUUGUGACCCCCGAAGAGCCCGUCCAAGCCCCCAUCCUUGGGAGAAAGCGGAAGACCAAGAAGGCGCCCAGUGCCACCACAUCCUCCGCUGACUCUGCACCUACUACUGUGCCUGUGCCUGAGCCUCCAGUCCCUGUUAAGACUCCCGCUCCGUCCCCAAAGAAAAUGGAGCCAAAGCCUGAACCUGCCAAGAAAGUAAAGGAAAAGGAGCAGCCGCCUGUCCAAGAGACCAAGCCUGCUCCGGUGGUAGAGCAACCUGCGCCACCCCCAGUUCCGCCGGAAGCCUGGCGCUCCCGUAACACGGUCGAGCAGCUGAUCAAAGACGCUGAGGAGUCUGGACGUCCGGUGAAGGAUCUUUUUGUGGAGAGAACCAAAUCUCUUCAUGAAGUGCUUGCCGAGAUGCACAAGUCUGGUGAACUGGACUUGAACAAAAGCUCGUUGUUCAACCCCGCCAAUCUCGGUCAGCGUACCGAUAUGAAGGGCAUUGACUCUGAUUACUUCUUGCUUAAGCAACCACUGGAGCUUUUUGAAUCUCAUCGGCGUGCUCUCAUGCGUGGCCAGCCCGUACGAAUUGACGCGGAGCAGCUUUCCGAUCGCUGUUUGAUCACCCCGCGCGGAUGCGUGCUGCGUCACCUCUCCGCCGAAGAAGAAGAUCGAUACCUGGAACUGGAGAAGAACCGAGGUGGUGCUAUGGAUCCCUUUGUGGUCGGUGACGACUCGAGUAACAUCAAUGGUGGACUGGAUGCCCUCUUCGCGACACCCGAGAAGUACAAUAUCUGCUGGGUUGACGACAACUCUGCCCGCAUGGGUGCCACCUCUCCCACUGGUACCCUGAACACUGCUGACUCGGUCAUUCCCCCUAAUGUCCUGUCGGCCAUGGAAGCAGACAGUGAGCGCAGCCACGACUGGGCCGUUGCCCACUCUGCUGAACUUCUUCAGACCACCACUGCUGCUGUUCGUUCGUUCGCUGCGGCAACUGCUAAGCAGAUGUUGGGCUCUGCCGGUGUCCCCGGGACCAAUCCCAGCCUCGAUGACGUUGCUGCCAUGACCAACGAAGAGCUCAAGGAACUCGCUGGUCAGUCUCAAAAGGAGUUGGAGAGCAAUCGCAAGGAGCUCGAUGUACUGGACAAGAAACUUGCUGCUUUGCUUCGGCGCAACAAGAAGAUCCAGCAGGCGGCCCUGGCUUUGGCCGAGGAAGCUUAAAGGAUCUGUUGAGCACCUGCUUAGGUCUUCGGUUUACCGGCGCUUCAAAAUUGCGUCUGGGACCCUCAGCUGAUGCUCAAUCAUGUAUGAUUACCAUGUACCAUUAGCACAAAUAUCAAUAUCCUGUAUGUUUAGAUUAUCUCUGAGUAGCUACCACUGUAAAUGUCUAGAUUGAGGAUCAGCUUGACCGUUGUAUGACGAGCCCUCCUUCAGGAGUGGAGGUGUCCAAUCAAUCUGCG